AUGUGCCCCCGCUGUGCCCGCCCUGUUACCCCUGAUGUCACCUCGCUGUGCCCGCAGCCGGCGGUGGCCGCCGCCCUGUACCUGCGGCAGGAUGCCGCCUCGGUCGCUGACGUGGUGGUGUGGGGCAGCCUGUUCCCAGUGCUGCAGGAUGAGACCAGUCUGCCCAGUGUUACAGGUGUGCGCCUCCCUGGGACUGGGGGCUGGGCUGUGUACAGGUGUUACAGGUGUGCACCUCCCUGGGACUGGGGGCUGGGCUGUGCACAGGUGUUACAGGUGUGCCACACAGCUGUGAUAGGUGUCCAUGCCCAGGUGUUACAGGUGCCCUGCAGGUGUGCCAGCUGCCCCUGCAGGUGUGCCAGGUGUGCCAGGUGCCCAUGCCAGGUGUGCCAGGUGCCCCUGCAGGUGUGCCAGGUACCCUGCAGGUGUGCCAGGUGCCCCUGCAGGCGUGCCAGGCACACAUGCCAGGUGCGCCAGGUGUGGCAGGCGGCCCCGCCCCGCAGGUACUGCCGGCUGCGGGGCUGGAACACGCUGUUCGUGUGCGGCACGGACGAGUACGGCACGGCCACCGAGACGCGGGCGCUGGAGGAGGGGCUGAGCCCGCAGCAGCUCUGCGACCGCUACCACGCCCUGCACGCCGACGUCUACCGCUGGUUCCGCAUCUCCUUCGACCACUUCGGCCGCACCACCACGCCCCAGCAGACCAGGAUCGCCCAGGACAUCUUCCAGCGCCUGCUGGCGCGGGGCUUCCUGCUGCAGGACACGCUGGAGCAGCUCAGGUGCGAGAGCUGCGGCCGCUACCUGGCCGAUCGCUUCGUGGAGGGCACCUGCCCCUUCUGCGGCUACGCCGAGGCCCGCGGCGACCAGUGCGAGAAGUGCGGCAAGCUCAUCAACGCCGUGGAGCUCAAGAACCCCCAGUGCAAGCUCUGCCGUGGGACCCCGGUGGUGACGCCCACCCAGCACCUCUUCCUGGACCUGCCCAAGCUGGAGGGGCCGCUGGAGGCGUGGCUGGAGCGCAGCUGGGCCGCAGGUGACUGGACCCCCAACGCCCGGCACAUCACGCGCACCUGGCUGCGGGACGGGCUCAAGCCGCGCUGCAUCACCCGCGACCUCACCUGGGGCACCCCCGUGCCCCUCGACGGCUUCCGGGACAAGGUGUUCUACGUGUGGUUCGACGCUCCCAUCGGGUACCUGUCCAUCACGGCCAACUACACCGACCAGUGGGAGCGCUGGUGGAAGAACCCCCAGCAGGUGGAGCUCUACAACUUCAUGGCCAAGGACAACGUCCCCUUCCACAGCGUCGUGUUCCCCUGCUCGCUGCUGGGCGCCGACGACAACUACACCCUGGUGAACCACCUGAUCGCCACAGAGUACCUGAACUACGAGGACGGGAAGUUCUCCAAGAGCCGGGGCGUGGGCGUGUUCGGGGACAUGGCCAAGGACACCGGCAUCCCCGCUGACGUCUGGCGCUUCUACCUGCUGUACCUGCGGCCCGAGGGCCAGGACAGCGCCUUCUCCUGGGCCGACCUGCUGCUCAAGAACAACUCCGAGCUGCUCAACAACCUGGGCAACUUCAUCAACAGGUCAGGGGACGCUGCGGGGAGCAGGGCUGCUGCACCCUGGCUGCGGGACGGGCUCAAGCCGCGCUGCAUCACCCGCGACCUCACCUGGGGCACCCCCGUGCCCCUCGACGGCUUCCGGGCCCCAGCCCCAGCCCCCAACACUUCUGCAGCUCCAGGUGACCCCAAACUGAUCCAGGAGCUGACAGAGCAGGUGGCCAAGCAGGGCAACCUGGUGAGGCAGCUGAAGGCUGCGGGGGGGGGGGUGAGGCAGCUGAAGGCUGCCCAGGUGGAGAAGGCCCAGGUGGACGCCCAGGUGGCCAAACUGCUGGAGCUGAAGCAGCAGCUGGCGCUGGCCGAAGGCCGGAGCCCCGAGGUCCCCAAGGGCAAGCGGAAGAAGUAGCCCCAGUAACCAGACUGGGACGCUGAGGAGUGGCACCAGUGCCUCCAGUAACCAAACUGGGCCGUGCUGGUUGUGGUUAGAUGAGUGUAAUAAAUGACAAGAGCUGUACAACGGCAGGGAGAGGCUGCA